AUGCCUCAACCCGCCCAACCCCAACCCCAGUCCCAACCCCCGCAACCCCUCCCAAUCCUCAUCAUCGGCGCCGGCCUGGGCGGCCUCCUCCUCGCCCAAGGCCUCCUGGCGCACAACAACAACAACAACGCCAAUCCCAUCCCCUUCGCCAUCUACGACCGCGACGCCGCGCCCGCCGCCCGCCCCCAGGGGUACCGCAUCCGCGUCGCGGGCGGCGCGGGCAUCGCCGCGCUCGAGGACACGCUGCCGCCGGCCGUGUUCGCGCGGUUCGAGGAGACGUGUGCGCGGGUGGAGCUGCGCGGCGGGGGUGGGGGUGGAGGGCCGGGUGGGCCGGGCCGGUCGGUGGAUGCGAGGACGGCGGGGGAGCGGGAGGGGGAGGGGCAGCAGCAGCGUGGCGGGCAUGGCCAUGGUCAUGGUCAUGGUCAUAGGGGAGGAGGGAUGGACGAGGCGCGGGAGAAGCGCGUGAGGGAGGCGAUGGGGGCGGGGGGGAGGAGGCCGUAUACGCCGGAUCGGGCGGCGCUGAAGGGGGUGUUGAUGGAGGGGGGUGUGGGGGAGAGGGUGGUGUGGGGGAAGGCGUUUGAGGGGUAUGAUGUCGAGGAAGGGGGAGAAGAAGAAGGUGGGGGGAAGGUGGUGGUCGCGCGGUUUGCGGACGGGUCGACGGCGAGGGGGUGUCUGCUCGUGGGGGCGGAUGGCGCGCGCAGUCGGGUGAGGAGGCAGUUUUUGAGGGACGGGGCGCUGCGGCCGGUUGAUACGCGGGGGCGGCUCGUGUACGGGAAGACGGUGUUGAAUGGCGGUGAGGGGGGAGUGGAGGGGAAGAUGUCGGAGGGGCUGUUGGAGCGGGGGAUGAGGGUGGUCGAGGACAAGGGGAGGGCGGAUGGCGGGCCGGUGACAUGCUUGUACGAGGCUGUCCGGUUUCCGCAGAGGGGGGAGGUCGAGGGGUGCCCAGAGGAAGAUUAUGUGUACUGGGUGUUGGUGUCGAGGAAGGAGGUUUUCGGCGUGGACGACGAAGCGUUGGGACGCAUGUCAAGUGAGGAGGCAAGGAAACUGGCGUUGGACAUCACCAAGGAGUGGCAUCCGCAGCUGCGCGCACUGUUUGAACUGGCAGAUCCGAGCCAGACGGCUGCGAUGCGUGUGCUUAGUAUGCGGCCGGAGUUAGCGUCUUGGGAGCCGCUGAGGGAGCCGGUGACGCUGCUUGGAGAUGCGGCGCACGUCAUGUCGCCGUCUGGAGGGGUGGGUGCGGUGACAGCGUUUCGUGACGCGGCGGGCUUGACCAAGGUGCUGGUGGAGAAUGGAGGCCGGGUGUCGGCAGAGAGUAUUGGAAAGUACGAAGACGCGAUGAGGAAGUAUGCGAAGGAGGCGAUUGAGCAGUCGCGGCAGGGUGGCGUCAGGUUCUUCAACCACCCUCCGUUUGAGGAGUGUGAGUCGGUCGAUGCUUGA